AGCAUAUAUAAAUCCAACUGACCAACAAACUAAAGCUACUUUUAUUGCAGAGGUUGAAUUACUGCUGGAAUGAGGACUCUUGUGCUUUUCGUGGCCAUAGGCCUCUUGGUCACAGCCGCUUUGAUUGAGGCUGCACCCCCAAAAAAGCCUGGUAAAAAUCAACCGAAAAAAGACGAGCCUGCUAACCCAGAAAAGGGGGAUAAAUCGAAGGGCAACUCAGGAAGUGAUCCAUCAGCUGAACCAACCUCAGGUGGAGAUGCAAAGCCGGAUGAUAAAGUCGCAGAUUCUGGAAGCAACGACAAACGUGAAAAGGGAAAAAAGGAGAGAAACCCCGAUGACGUUAAUGGAAAUUCCCCACAAUCAGACAGUGAAGUAGCUCCUCCAGGUAACGAAGGUGCUCCAGGCAAGGUUGGCGGAAAGACCAAGGGCAAGAAAUCAGAAAAUAAGAAUGAAAGUGACCAACCGAAGAAACCUGAGAAUGACAAGGCUGUAGUAGACAAAAAUGAAAGCGGGGUUGGCUUGAACAAGCCAAAGAAUGGCGACAAAUCAAAAGAAGCUGGUAAUACGAAGGCAAAGGUUAGCGAGGACCCCAACUCCAGCAAGAAAGGGCAGAAUGGAGAAGCUAACAAACUAAAGAAUAAUAAAAAGAAGCCUACACAAAAGAAGACCAAAGCUAACUGAAGUGUGAUUUUCCAAUAAACUUGGUUGAAUUCAAUAGAUAA